AGUUGGCAAGAGAAUGCUUGAAUUGAAUCUCCAUUUAUAUUCCUUUGAUGCACAUAAAAAGCCAUUAUGAAAUGCCCAAGUUGACUACAAAGCGUUUGCAAUUCUGCCUUUUGUCACCUUUACAAACAAGAGAAACACAAAAUUAUUCUGUAAACAAAAGAUUCCCAACUCCAUCGCAAGCCUGCAACUUUCCUACUAUUUCUCGCAUAUGCGUAGCAUUCAUAGUUAUCUUCAUUGGACUAUAUGUAUUCUUAGAAAUAAAAAAUAAAAAAUAAUAUUAUAAUCUCUGCGUUUACCAUUACUGAUAUCCCUUGAUCUUAUAAUAAUAAAAAAUAUUUUAUUUUGUUCUUUCAUCACAUGAUAACAUUCAGAGACCCAAAAGGGAAAUUAUCAGUGAAAUUGAUUUGAUUAAUUCUUGUUAUGAAAUUCGGGAAAGAGUUUACAACGCAUUUAGAAGAAACCCUACCAGAAUGGAGGGACAAGUAUUUGUGUUACAAACCCCUCAAGAAGCUUCUCAAGAACCUUCCACCUACCGACGGCGGUGACAAUCCUCCGCCGCACUUGCAGGACUGGUUCGUCAGAAUUCUCAAUGAGGAACUUGACAAAUUCAACGAUUUCUAUGUCGAUAAAGAGGAGGAAUUUAUUAUUCGAUUACAGGAAUUGAAGGAAUGGAUUGAAAGAGUGAAGGAGAAGAGUGGCAAAGACGGAGUUCUCACAAAAGACAGUGAAUUUAGUGAUGAAGUGAUGGGUAUACGUAAAGACUUUGUUGCUAUACACGGGGAGAUGGUUCUUCUUAAAAAUUACAGCUCUCUAAAUUUUGCAGGUCUUGUUAAGAUUUUGAAGAAGUUUGAUAAACGAACUGGGAGAUUGUUGCGUCUUCCUUUCACACAACUUGCUCUCGAUCAGCCCUUCUUUACAACUGAGCCUCUAAAUAGAUUAGUCUGUGAGUGUGAGGAAAAUCUCGAGCUCCUAUUUCCUUUGGAAGCAGAAGUUGUAGAAUCAGAUGCUACUGCAGAAGAGCCGAAGAGAGGAACUACUUCUUAUGCUACAAAUGUUUCUCCAGCAUUGCCACUUGGGGAAGAAAAUGUGGAUAUAUAUCGAAGUACACUUGCGGCAAUCAAAGCUAUUCAGGGACUGAAGAAGGCAAGCUCCACGUAUAAUCCACUAUCAUUUUCGUAUAUCUUUGGUAACCAAGAUAAUGAUAGCACAGGCGCUAUAACUGCAGAAAACUCUGAUUCAGACCAGUCGGUUGCCUCUCAGAGUGAUAAAGAGACAGAUCAAGAGGAUUCCCAUCCACCGGAAUAGAGUUCACCUUUCUAGUUUGCUUCGUUGGUCUUUGCUCAGUGGUUUGUUGUUGACUAAGGGAGAUAAAAUGGUUAGCUUCUUCAUUGUAUACUACUGUUCUGGAAUAAAUUGUUCUCUGUCGACAACUUUUAGCACCAACUGGACUUUAGUAAUUCUUGGAUUACUUCUCAUUUGUUUGAAACUUUUAGAGGGCAAAAACUUUUAAGAUGUACAUUCUGCGGAAGAUGUAUAACAUUUAAGUUAGUCUUAUCAAAACUUGAACACUCUAGUUAUAGAUGCUACCAUUUCUAUUAA